AUGGCGAGACUCUCUGACGAUGCCGACUACGAGGCCGGCGAAAUGUGUGGGAAUGUACCACGUCCACGUUCCGACUUUGUAAAUGAUGUUACAUAUAAUGGACUUCGGACUAGAGGCCGCGGCUCCCCUGAGCGCCUCGGCGCACAGUUUAGGAAUCAUUGGGUCAAAGGAUCGGCUUCACGUGUCUCUGACGAUUUGUACUGUGGUGCUAAGGAUGGCAAGGCUCAUGGACAAGCCGGUGAAACGUCUGGGAAUCACUCAUUUUUCAUAUUUCAGUUGGGUACGAUCUCCUCGCUGCAUGAACUUCGUACAUGCUUGCGUCACCUCGUCAAGACUGCUUCACUAAUCCGCUCUCAUCGCAUAGCACGAGGUGGUUUGGAGCUGGAAAGCAUUGAGAUGAAUAUUCAAUUUUCGGAUCCAGAGUCGAAACUUGGCCUUAUAGACCUAAUCCCAAAAGAGGUAGGUAUUGGCCCUCUUCGCUGCUAA